AUGAGAUCCACCGGAAGACUCGAGAAGGAGGAAGACCCUCGCUAUCCCUUCAGCAAAGAGGUUUGUUUCUUCGUCGUCAUGCGCGGGCUCGUCAGGCCCGGGAGGAACAAGGGGCACAUGACCCCCGAGAAAGAAAACCCCUCGCCCGCGGUCGAUGCCAUGAUCCCCCAGGAGAUGGACAAGUUGACCAAGGCCGAGAGUCGGACCAGUGUGGUUGAAUCUGAGGACAGGGUGACUGGUGCCGAGAAAAGGGUGGCAGAUGCCGAAAAACGGGUGGCUGAUGCCAGGGCUAGGGUGGAUAGUGCCAAGGAUCGGGUGGCUAGAGCCAAGGAUACGGUGGCUAGUGACGAAAGAAGGGUGGUUGAUGCCAAGAGAGGGGUGGCCGGUGCCAAGGACAAGGUGACUGAUGCCGAAGAUUUCAUGGCUGAUGUCAAGGAAUCAGUGGCUCCGGGCAAGACCAAGGUCGCUGAGGCUGAUGCCAAGACCAACAUCGCUACUGCAGAGAAUAAUGUGGCUGAUGCCAAAGCUCACCUCGCUGACGCCAAAGCUCACCUCGCUGACGCCAAAGCCGCGGUCAAAAUGGCCAACGUCGAGGUCGAUGUGGCCAAGGCUGAGGUUAAUCUGGCCAAGGCAGAGCUCAAUGUGGCCAAGGCCGGUGUCAAUGUGGCCAAGGCCGAUGACAAUACCGCGGCCGACACCAAUCCCAAGCUGGCCAAGGCCAAGGCCAAUGCCGAGCUGGCCAAGGCCAAUACCAAGCUCACCAAGGCCAAGGCCGAGCUGGCCAAGGUCAAGCUGCCCAUGUUCAUAAUCACCCCCGAGGACUUCUUCAAUGCCUAUGCCAGAAACCCAGAUGCAUUUCGCAAGAUGGUCAAGGACAAGGAGAAGGACAUCCUCGAUAAAGGCAACGCAAGCAACAUUGCAAAGCUCAUCAUCAUGGCACAGGUCACCAAGCUCGUGUUGCAGAUGGUUGGGCGAAAGGCCAUGGGCCUGUCUGUCGCAGUGCUUGAGCUCCACAUGUUUGUCCGCAUCCUCAUCGCUGGUCUACUCUACUGCUAUUGGUGGUAUAAGCAGCUAGACGUCAACGAACCUAUGGAACUCGAUAUCGGCGACCGGUACUGGGCCCCGGACCCAAUGUGGAGCUAUUACCCGGAAGAGGCUCUCAAGCCUACAGGAUCGGAGUCAGCCGGGUUCAAGGCUAGCGUAACGCUAUUGUGGGAGAAGUUCAGGCAAACACUGAGCCCAUCGCGACGGUUCAAUACUCAAUACCCAGGCUCGGCACCUACAGAUGAUGAGACCAAGAUCCCCGCUGCUCGUACGCGUUGGGAUGAUGCCGUAACGCUAUUGUGGGAGAAGUUCAGGCAAACACUGAGCCUAUUGCGACGGUUCAAUACUCAAUACCCACGCUCGGCACCUACAGAUGAUCAUGAUGAGACCAAUAUCCCCGCUGCUGCUCGUACGCGUUGGGAUGAUGCCGUCAAACAAAUUAAUGCGAUGCGUUUCUCAUGUGAGGCUAGCAAGUUUAAACCUGCCGAGCUCCUUGUUGAGGUCCUACCCAAUCCCCACCCCCGGCCCCGAGGUAAGGAAACACAGCCGAAUGAAGCCGCCGCCAAGGAGUCCCAGCUGGACACGAUCAGAGAGGUGCCUCCUAGAGCCGCCUCCUCCUCCCCCCCGGCCGCCCCGCCCUACCACCCCCCCCAACCCCCGCACGCCCGACCCGGCUGCAAACCUCUCCCCCCAAGCCUUGUUACGAAGGCCAACCUUGAUAGCAAGAGGCGUGCCAUGUGGUUCUACAUCGCCUACGCAGGCUUACACGCCACUGUUUGGAGCAAGGAAUCCUUUCCGUCUUGGUAUGAAAAGUGGAUCUGGCGAGGCGCUUGCAUCGCAGUAGCGAUUGUGCCUGUAAUUGCUCUAGUACUUGAACACUUGGCGGGUCUGCGGGAGAAAACUCUGCGGAACAAAGAACCAAGUAGCACCUCAACCUAUGACACCGAGGAGAAGGGCGGGGAGAGCGGAGUGGGUCAGCGUGGGGGAUGGGGGGGAGCGGCGAGAGCGCAGGAAAAGAAGUUGAGGACGGUGUUGACAUGGCUGCUGGAGUUCGUAUAUCUCGUUGCAUCAGUUGCAUUGCUAGGAGAGUCAUUUUCUAUCCUCCGGGCGGAGGACGCCAGGACAUAUGUCAUUAGGUCGUGGACCGCAGAGCUACCCGUGGGCAGAUGA